AUUACUUCAAAAAUGGCGUUCGUAUAGGAAGUGUGCGUUGUUAAUUUUUUGUUUGUUUUAAAUGUAAAUUUUAAAUACUGUUGACUUAAAAAUAAGACGACAAUGGGUAGGUCGCCUAGCCCUCGGCGGCGCGACGACAGACGCCGCGAAGACAGGCGAGAGAGGGAGAGACGGCGCCCUCGGACCAGAUCUCGGUCCCGCUCCCUGGACCGGCGGAGACGCAGCCCCGACAGACGCAGGUCUCCGUCACCGCGCCGCCGCCGAUCGAAUUCGCCCUCGCCGAUACCGAGCACCUCAUUCGUGAGACAAAAGAAACCGAUCGGAGAACGCCCCAUUAUAACACCGGCAGACUUAGAAGGAAAAACUCCGGAGGAACAGGAAAUGUUAAAGGUUAUGGGCUUUUGCGGUUUCGACACAACGAAAGGUAAGAAAGUCGAUGGUAAUGUUGAAGGGGACGUACAUGUGGUAUUGAAACGGAAAUACAGACAGUACAUGAACCGGAAGGGCGGAUUCAACAGGCCACUAGACUUCGUAGCUUAAAUACCCGAUGACUGUCCAAUUGUUUUGAGUAUGGACUGCUGAGGCAGAUGAGUUGACUCCUGAGGACUGCAGUGAUAGAAUUUAUUAGGAGCUCGUAUUUGGAUAGAUUGACACGCCACUGCUGUCAUAGCACUUGGUGUAUAAAUAGAUUUGUUUUUACCAUUUCCCGAGAAGACUAUUUCCAAUCUCUCUAAGGUCAAGAUUGGCUUAUAUAUAAAUCAAUUGUUAGGUAUGUUUUGUGAAAAACUGUAAUUGACUUUACAUUUUACUAAUGGUUUUUCUGUAAGUGAAAAUAACAUUUAAACUAUAAAUAUGUUGAGAAUGACCAAGAGUGGUUAGAUGAGGUACCCCAAAAUGAUUAUUACCCUCAUGUUGUCUAUCAUUGUGCAUGCAAACAGAUAAAGUAUUGCACCGACCGCAUAGUAAGAUUACUGGCACAAAUACACCAAGUGACAUGUUAGUAAAAAUAUAUUUAACAGUACAAGUGCUUCCCAGGCAAAAUGCCACAAAUUUAAUGGCACGCAGUCAUGUUUCUGAGCAUCCGAGUACGUAAAUUCACUUUUUUAUAUGUGCUGUAAGUCAUUAAUUUUGGUGGCAUUAGAGUCUUACGUGAAAACAAUGAAAUACCCAUACUCUUACAAUUAGACGGUCAUCUCACACAGUCGUCUUUUUUUUUUCGGGAUCAACGCACACACGACCUGCAGGGUCUUGGGUUUUUUUUAUAUAUUACAUAUUGUGAUACAAAAUUGACCUUAUUGUAUGAAUGUAUCUUUAAUUUAAUUAUAAUACAGGGAUAAUAAGCGUUUAAUGGAAAUUAAAAACUUGAACUCAUUCAAGAGGUUAAAGUAUCAUUAAGCUAUAUUCGACAAGAUGUAGAAUAGCUGUCAUACAGUUUUGCUACAAUAAUAUCGGUUAUACUAAGCGACUAUACAUGACAUUGGCAAGGAUUGUAGCUGACAGAAACCGCUUCCCAUAACAUGGCCUGAAUUUACUUCAAAUUUCUGAAUGACGCAUCAUGUGAGCUGGGAAGGAAGGGUACAUCAUAUCAGUCCACCGAUUUCUGUAUUACAUUUCAUUUUGACAAGUGAGACAGUUAUAUCAUACAAUUGAGCUUAACCUCUCAAGAUGGUAUUCACGUGGAGAUGUCUAUAGCUACGAUGAAUUUGUAAUAACUGAUGGUGACAUUUUUGCCCAUUAAUGGACUGUAAACCCUUAAUAAUUGAGUAAACAUUUUGAGCUUUGGUGCUAUUUCUCCAAGCUCAGUUUGACCUAAAUGAUUAUUAAUCAUACAUUCAUACAAUAAUGAAUCAAUACACUGCUAUUUUUAGUAUGUAAGUGUUGUCUGUUUUCUUUUAUACGAACAGAAAAGCAUUUAUGUGUGUAUAUAGCCAUUAAAAUAUUUUAUGAAUCAUUUGAGUAUUAAAUUUUCAAAGAAGCCAUUUUUGUUUCUUAUCAAAUCAAUAUAUUCAAAUAUUCUUUUGGCUAUGUACACAUUCCCAAUUGUUUUUAUGCCUUGUCACUAUUAAAAAAAAUAUCAGAAUAGAACUAUCGAAUUCCCAUAAAGUUCUGCUUGAUUCUGAACAUUAUUUGGAAAUGCCUCGAUACAAUUAAUUAAUCAUUAUCAAUAUUAUAAGAUGAGCCAUAUUGAGUUUCGGGGAAAAUCUUAAUUCAUUCCGGUAACACUGAUCAGUUUUCCAGAUAAACUACCUAAAUUGAUAUAUAUGUAUUUAAUGGGUUUGGUAAAAGGAGUCUCUAAAAUGUGCACUUUGAUAAUUCCUUGGUCCGAACACCAUCAGAGCAUGAGAUCUGGAACUGAUCUAGAUGCUUAUAUAAUACAGAACUGUAGUAUUUCAUGUCGGUUUGGCUGUAUGUACACAGUAUUUAAAAACUUGCGAGUGUGUUUGAGGGUUGUAAUUUUACUGAAAAUAGAAAUUUUGUUUGUUUUAAAAUGAAGUGACAAGGCAUUGCUAGUUGUAUAUGUGAUAGUUUAAUGUCCGUUACACUCAGUACCCGCGCGCUGCUAACGCCCGCGCGGGCCCGGCUCCCCAUACCAUGAAGCCGACUUGAAUCGUUCUCACGACAACACGUAAUGGUUCCCCUGAUGCGUUUUGGAACGUGUUGACAGGAAUUUUGAACGUAAAAUGCGAAGGUUUUUUUGACGUGACAACGUCUUAUAAUUCGAUGAAAAACAUGACGCAUGCGGCGUUACCACGCUCUGAGGCGUUCCACGAUCACGUGGCUAAACUAAAAUAAAAAGUGUUUUCUUAUGACGUUGUCACGUUCAACUAUCGUCAGUAAACCGACUUUACAGACAACCAAUUGUUUACAUAUAAACGCGAUCCUAGGAAUGGCUUUUUCGUUGUGUCCUAGAAAGAGACAAAACAAGGCUAACUUAAGGUCGGUGUAUACGUAACGAGAUGUGAAUGGGACGGGUACUCGGAUCUAACAUGCUAGUGUUGUGAACAAGGAUAGAUAGAAUUGGCUUUAAUUGCUACUGCUCUAGAUGAGGAAGUAGCUCCUAUCUUACGUGGUAGAAUAGAGAACAAUAAGGAGAAUAUACCACAUUAUAAAGAACUUUUGAAUGACGAGACUCAGUUUUAUCAGUUUUUUUUUCGAUUGUCAAAAUAAUGUUUUGCUUUACUGGAAAAUAUCGUCAUCAAGAUGUCACUAGUUCUGUCUCCGGAACAAACAGAGUGACUGUGCAUACGAAAUAUGCUCUUUCAUAUUAAUUUAGUAUGAACCCAUCCCGUCCGUAUAGAACUUGUGACGUAUGCAGCGAUCUUUAACCUAGAAGAUUUUAUUACGUGUCAACAACAAUGGCGCGCUAACACGAAAAAAACGCGCGGGAACUUUCUAUAAGACUGAUAGUUCGUUGUAUAUUUUUUUUUCGACCUCGUCCGCCGACCGAACCAAAUAGGAUAUAAUAUAGAUAUAUUUAUAUACACAAUACAUACACACACACAUUCCCCCCGGUUUUACCCGUGUCCUCCAUAGACUACAAUAGCGCGGCCCGCCAAUACAGAUUGUUGUGUUCGAAAACGGAAAACUUUCGCGGUGAACACUCAUCGAAACUAUCGGCUGUAGCAACGUUAUGAAACGUAAGACUUAAAUUUCUUGAUAACUCUGUUGAAUACUGGCUAAAAUUCGAAAAUAAAAAUCACUUAAGCAAUCUAAAAAAAAAAA